AUGCCUCCCAAAAGAAUUGUUGUCGAGCGAGGCAGCCCUCGCUCCCGCCAGCCCAAGGGCUACUUCAGAUCCACCUACGAUGCCCUGACCUCCUCCGAGAAUGCGCCCGUCGUCCGCAGCAUUGUCGUCUUCGGUGCUGCCGUGACCUUCCUCUCGAGCUCCUGGGGCGAGUUCCUUCUUCCUCCGUGA